CAUAAAGCCGGCCAGUCUGUACUGCUUAUGGACCCCCAGGAGAUUUGGGGUGCUGGCGGCAAGGGGCAGUUUCGAUGAAGAACUUCACUGUGAGGAAUGACAUCCGAAAGAGAUGAUGCUGGAAGGCAGGUGGGAGACCAGGGUGGGAGCAGAAGAGGAAGCCGUCGACGAGGGAAGGAGAUGGUGUGGGACGCCGAGAGCGAAGGGCGAGCAGAGGAGCGAGGAGCGGAGCGCAGCGCGGGCGGAACAGGCGGGAAGGGCGUGGGAAAGGCCGUGUUUUCAAAUGAGGCGGGCGCCGGGAGAGGCGAGCCCGGCCGGGGGAGCCACGCGCUCUGGUGGGGAAGAGCUGCCUGCAGACUGAAGCCGAGAGGAGGAAGCAGCGGAUCUCCAGGCGUCCCUGCAAACUCCCGUUCCCUCCCCGCGCCCCUCGCGGCCCCCAGCCCGUUGGCGGCGGAAAGGCGCAGGAUUCGGAGCUCAGAGGCCCGGGCCGCCAGCCGCCUCCCCUCCGUGGCUCGCGGGCGGAGGCUGAGGCGGGGCGGAGGCGGGGACCGGGGUACCUCGCUCGCGCAGCCUGGAGCCCGCGCUGGGCCCAGCCCGACCCUGCUUUGGCCGCUGACCCCCGGGUCUCCAGCGCCGCCGGACCCUCACGCCGCCACCUUCUCUCCAGCCGAGCGCCGCCGCGGCCGCAGCCUCCUGCCGAGCAUCUUCCAGCCCCCAAUCCCUGAGAAUCAGUUCUGGGAUGUAACAGAGCAAGCGGACAUUAUUCUGGAACCAGCAAGCCUCGGUCACUGCAGCCACCACACUACGUGGCAGCCAGACCCGGUCCGUUUGGAAUGCCUGGGAUGGUGCCGCCGCAUGUCCCUCCUCAGAUGCUCAACAUUCCGCAGACCUCUCUGCAAGCAAAGCCCGUGGCCCCACAGGUGCCCAGCCCAGGGGGCGCCCCGGGCCAGGGUCCAUACCCGUACAGCCUCUCUGAGCCAGCACCUCUCACUUUGGACACGAGCGGGAAGAAUCUGACGGAGCAGAACAGCUACAGCAACAUUCCUCACGAAGGGAAGCACACGCCGCUGUAUGAGCGGUCCUCACCCAUCAACCCGGCCCAGAGCGGCAGCCCCAACCACGUGGAUUCCGCCUACUUUCCUGGCUCCUCUACAUCGUCAUCUUCCGACAACGACGAGGGCAGCGGAGGGGCGACAAAAUAUACAGUCUCUUGGGGAUUCCGUGCCACUGACCACCAUGUACAAGGAAGGGAUUCACAGCAGCCCACUGGCACCGAGGGCAUGUCUGCUCACCUAAUGUUUUCUGGCGGAUUUCUCAUGGCCCAGCGCAACAGCUGACAUUCCCUACUGAGCAAGCAGCUCUGCUA